AUGACUAGUAAAUUAGUAGGUAAGUUGGAGGCUGAAUUCAGGCUGAUGUCUGAUGCUAAUGAGUUCUUCCAUAGCUUUGGCGCUAAAGCACACCAACUCCCAGAUCUUGUGAAUGAGAAAGUUAACAGGAUUGAAGUGCACGAAGAUGGAAAAGUUGAGGUAUACAAAGAGAGGCUCAAAAUUGACGAGGAGAACAAGACCACUGCUGCUGAGGCAAUAGAUGGAGAUUGUAUGAAGCACUACAAGAACUAUAAAGCAACGUUACAAGUUAUCUCCAGAGGUGACUCCAGCUUUGCCAAAUGUACGAUUGACCAUGAAAAACUGAACGACAAUAAGCCUAGUCCAACAAAAAACCUGGACUGGCUAGUUCAAGGGUUAAUAUAUAUGCUUGUAGGGGAGCAUCUAGAUAUCUGCUGCAGUAAAAAGAUUUACAGCAAGAAAAUUCCAAUUCUCUGA